CGCUGCCUCCGCCUUCCUCUCCACCGCGCCCUUCUCGACCCGGCCACUCCUCCGCUCUGCGUCCCUCUGCUCUCCGCCUGCUCGCCGUGGCCCGCCGUCUGCCUCCGCUCCCACUCCCCGCCGCCCGCAUCGCACGCCCCACCAUGGCGUCCUCCUCUGCUCCUGCCGCCACGCCGGCCGAGGGCAUGACCUCGCGCGACUACUACGCCGACUCGUACGCGCACUUUGGCAUCCACGAGGAGAUGCUCAAGGACAGCGUGCGCACCGACAGCUACCGCAACGCCAUCAUCAACAACCCGCAGCUCUUCCGCGGCAAGACGGUGCUCGACGUCGGCUGCGGCACGGGCAUCCUGUGCAUGUUCGCCGCCAAGGCCGGCGCCAAGAAGGUCGUCGGUGUGGACAUGAGCAACAUCAUCGACCAGGCCAAGAUCAUCGUCGAGAAGAACGGCUUUGCCGACGUGAUCACGCUGGUCAAGGGCAAGCUCGAGGAGGUGGACCUCGGCCUCGGCCCGGACGGCAAGGUCGAUGUCAUCAUCUCCGAAUGGAUGGGCUACGCGCUCCUUUACGAGAGCAUGCUCGACACUGUGCUCCUUGCGCGCGACAAGUACCUUGCGCCCGGCGGCUGCAUGAUGCCCGACGUGGCCACGCUCUACGUCAGCGCCAUCGAGGACCAGGAGUACAAGGACGAGAAGAUCGGCUUCUGGGACGACGUGUACGGCUUCGACUACUCGUGCAUCAAGGACAUUGCGCUGCGCGAGCCGCUCGUCGACACCGUCGAGCUGCGCUCCGUCGUGUGCGACCCGGCAAAGGUGCUGCAUCUCGACCUGAUGACGUGCAAGAAGGAGGACCUGACGUUCAAGAACGACUUUGUGCUCACGGCCACGCGGAAUGACUACAUCCACGCAUUCCUCGCCUGGUUCGACAUCUCCUUUGACGCCUGCCACAAGCCGGUGCGGUUCAGCACGGGCCCGCACUCGCGCUACACGCACUGGAAGCAGACCGUCUUCUACAUCCCCGACAUGCUCACCGUCUCGGCCGGCGAGCGCAUCAACGGCACGUUCUACUGCGCGCCCAACGCGCGCAACAACCGCGACCUCGACAUUGAGCUCGACUGGGAGCACAACUCGGAGAAGGGCCGCAUGGUGUACAAGAUGUACUGAGCGACUGCGCAGCGCAGCCCGCAUGCUCUUCAUCUAUUCGCGCAAUCGCAGCAUUCCACACAUCACUCGUCUCGCUAGUAGAGUUGCACUUGCUGCUCAUGGCACCGCUGCCUCUUCCUCCUCCGCCAACGGGUGGCGCGCCACGUCUGCAAGCCGAGCCUAUCUAAUUACCAUCCAUAGACCUGCGACACAUGCG